UGUGAAGUUGCUGAAGAGAAGAUACAGCUCAAGAUUGAUAUUUACAGAAUUUUACAGAAUUUGGAUUUUAGAAAACCUUAAAAUGGCAGAAUCUACUUCAUGGAAAAGUGAUCGUCUCGAUUACAUCACUCAGGAACGAAUUCCAUAUUUUAAAAAAGAAGAAUUUGAAGUUGACUGGGAGAAAGUGUUUGAAGGCAACUUUGGCCGUGUGUACAAAGUCAAGCUCAAGCUGUGGCGGGAAAAGUGUGCCAUUAAAACUUUUCUUACGUCCACUGAUUACAGGAACAUGUUGCAAGUCUCCAAAAUAAGGAAGAUAAAAUUUAAAUACUUGAUGACUAUUUACGGGCUGUGCAAAGACCUGUCUGCGGUGGUGAUGGAGUACAUGAGCAAAGGAUCCAUGGAUAAUCUUCUCACAACUCAUGCUCUUAUGUGGCCCAAGAAGUUCCAGAUAAUCCAUGAGGUGACCAUGGGCAUGAACAUCCUGCACAGCAUGAAGCCACCUCUCCUUCAUCUGAACCUGAAGCUCUCCAACAUCCUUCUUGAUGAUCAUCUUCAUGUUAAGAUUUCAGAUUUUGGGAUAAUCAAAUGGGACGACUCUUCUGACAGGAUGGCAUUCAUUGAACAUUUGGCAGAAAGGGGAAACAUUAGCUACGUUCCACCAGAGACUUUCAGUCAGAACCCUGAACCUCCAACUUUAAAAUAUGACGUUUACAGCUUCGCCAUCGUGAUGUGGGAGAUUCUGACCCAGAAGAGACCGUACUGUGGAAUGAAUAUGACUGAAAUAUUGAUUCGAGUGACAUCUGGCAAAAGGCCCAGUGUGGAGAAUGUCCCAGAUGACAAGCCUCCUGAGUAUAAGGAGAUGAUUAGCAUCAUGCAACGAUGCUGGCACCAAGACCUGAGCGAACGGCCAGCUUUUUCUGAGACAGUGUGGAUGACUGAAGCUCUAAGUGAUGUCCUGAAACUCCCAGACAAGAUUCCAGGCAGGGAGAUGAAGCAGCGAUCACGUAAAAUUGAAAAGUCUCUGUCAGCAUUACAGAGUGGAAAAAAUUCACUUUUGCCCUUCCAGGACUCAAAGGAUACACCUGAUGGACAUUCAGACAAAGACAUUGUGUCUUGCUUGAAACGCAAGGACUUUGAAACCUUCAAGAACAUCUUAAAGAAGGAACAUGUCUCGAUGCUCUUCAAAAACGACAACUCACUCCUUCACCAUGCUGUCACCAGUGGCAACACUGAAAGCGUUAGGCUGGUAUUAAAUCACGGGGCGUCUGUGAACUGCCAGAAUGCUAACGGAUACACUCCGCUUGUUGUUGCAUUGCUGAAUAAGUUUCACAAGAUCUGUUGCUUGCUUGUGGAAUGUGAUGCCGACGUCAACCUUGCUGAACAAGACCUGUGGACGCCGCUGCAUUUCGCCUCACAGAGUGGAGAUGACCGGGCUGUUCGGUUCUUACUGGAUGCCAAAGCCAAAGCUGAUGUGAAAGACAAAGACGGAUGGACGCCUCUUCACCUUGCUGCUCAAAAUGGUCAUGAGAAUGUUGUGCGCCAUCUUCUGUCUCGCUUGAACGAUGUAGAUGAGCAAGAGGAACUAUCUGGAAGGACGCCACUCCACACGGCGUGCGAGUAUGGUCACCUGCGUAUAGCCAAGAUCUUACUGGCUAAAGGAGCUGACCCAAAUAGGACAGAUAAUGCUCAAACCACGUCACUGCACCUAGCAGCUGAGCAAGGUCACUUCAGGGUAGCACGGCUGCUUGUGACCAGCGCAGCAGACGUGAAGUGCAAAGAUGAACAUAGUUACAGAGCCCUGCAUUAUGCAGCCCUCCAAGGCUUCACAGGCAUCUGCAGACUCCUACUGAAUCACGGCGAGGAUGCUGAUGUCAGGACAUUGCAGAAUUGGACACCCAUGCACCUGGCGGCGCUCAGGGGACACUCCGAGACACUGCUGGUUCUGGAGGAGAAUGGUGGCUCUGUGGAUGCGCAAGGUGAAAGAGGGUGGACGCCGUUACAUCUCGCAUGCCACCACCGACAUGAUGACAUUGUCUCGGUGCUGAUAAACGCUGGCGCCAAUCCAAACGUGGCUGAGGAUGGAGGUUGGACACCGCUGCACUUAGCGUGCCAUAACAGCGGCUUUGCCAAUGUUCUCUUGCUCAUUGCUGGGCAUGCCAAUGUCAAUGUGCAAAACAACACCAAGAACACACCACUGCAUCUGGCUGUGCAGUCAAACAGCAUCCCGAUUGUCAAAGCCCUGCUGAUGAAUGAUGCCGAUAAGGGCAUAGUCAACUGCAAAGGAUACACAGCAUUAGAUUUGGCUCGGCAAGCCAACAAUGAGGAGAUGAUUCAGUUAAUGAAGCAUUAGAAGACUAGGUGAGACAAGGUGGCUAGGACAGACAUUCUGGGGGGCAGAAGAAAUGCUUCAAGGGCAAUCUCAAAUUGUCCCUCAAAACUCUAGAAAUCAAUCUCAAUUCCUGAGAGUCACUUGCUCAGGAUCGUCCAGCAUGGCAAGCAAAGCUCACCAGUGGCGCAUGUGCAGCAGAGAUGAAACGCAUCGCCGAGGCCCGGAAGAAACAAGCUGCGCAGACGGCUUGAACUAUCACCACCCCCAUUACAGCACCUACCCACAUGUACCCAACAUGGCAUACCUUCAAAGCCCGGAUUAGCCUCAUCAAUCACCUCCGGACCCACAACCACCACCCACACAUUGAAGUCAUGGUCAUCUUCGACUCUGAAGGACAAACAUCAUCAGGACAGACAUUCAAAUCCACACUUAAUGGCAAAUACCAACAGGCAGUGGAAGAGGAUGAAGGGCUGCAUUGAUCUUGAAUAUUGAUUGCGUAGCUCUGCAUCUGUUUUUUUUUCUGUUGUUGUUAAAAGUAUUCCUAUUGAUUUGGUUCAGGGACAUUUUCAUAAUGUGAUGAAAAAGCCUUCCUCGGGUUCUGCUCACCCGUUAUAAUUGAAGAAAGUCUUCUAUUAGCACUUCCUCUAAGCUGCAUUGAUUGAUAGUUGAAUCUGAGUUCGGAGCACUUUUGUAGUGACACAGUUGCAUGAACAAAUAUCCACUGGACUCUCUGAACAGAUCCACCGAGACAACCUCUUCUUCUGAAAAGGAAUGACUGGCAUUCAUAACAUUCCUCUCCUUUAAAAGUAUGUACAUACUAGAGUUCACAAUCACUCUGACUGCAUUCUUCCCUCUUCAACUUCCUCUUAGACAGACAGCCAAUAAGCUACUUUAAACAACAGCAUUGUUUUUUUUUUUUUUCUGAAAAGUUUGUAGAUGUAGAAAAGCACUGGUUAAAUGUGUAAACCUGAACUAAUGAAAAAUCAACAAAUUCUGAUCAACGGCAAUGUGUGAGUUGAUACGAGCGAUAUCGUACAACACAUUUACCCCUUUUUAGCUUUUCUAAUGAAGCAAACUGUUCCUAAUAUCAAAUGUGAGAACAUGUUGAAACAUGCAGGGAUACACACUGACUCAUAGCAGCUCCCGUACAAGACAAAUCCUGCUGAUUCAUUUUUUGUAGGGCUUGCUCAUUAAAAAAAUAAAAAUAAAAAAAAAAGCUUUAUCAGAGAAGCAUUCAUGCACAAUAAUAAUAAUAAUAAUAAUCAAUAAAAUGGUUCUCUUUUUGUUCAUUUAAUGGAAAAUCAAGCAUCUAUUAUGCAUGAUGUACAGCCUGCUGCUGCUGUACAGAGAAAAGGUGCUGGAAUGAGACCCAAAGCAGGAGUAGUGUAUAAAAGGAGGAAGGAAUGUAAUAUGAGCCACAGUAAAAUUUUAAAGGUGACAUAUUAUACCACUUUUCGACAAGUUGACAAAGCUCCCUGAGGUCUUAAUGAAAUGUCUGUGAGAUGCUUUGGUCAAAAUAGCACAAGGAUAAAGCACCACAGCUCCCUUCUCACCCUGGCUAAACAACCCUGAUCAAAACGGCUGAUUUGAGUCUCUGUUCUUUUAAAUGAUAAUGAGCCACAAUCAGGUAGAAAUUUCUCAUCUCAUCUCAUUAUCUGUAGCCGCUUUAUCCUGUUCUACAGGGUCGCAGGCAAGCUGGAGCCUAUCCCAGCUGACUACGGG